AUGGCAGCCUUGGUGCAUGCCUGGGAGGAGCAGCAGCAUGAGCAGCAGCAGCAGCAUGAGCAGCAGCAGCAGGAGGAGCAGCAGCAGGAGGAGCAGCAGCAGCAGGAGGAGCAGCAGCAGGGGCAGCAUGAGCAGCAGCAGCAGGAGCAGCAGCAUGAACAGCAGCAGCAGCAGGAGCAGCAGCAUGAGCAGGAGGAGCAGCAUGAGCAGCAGCAGCAUGAGGAGCAGGAGCAGCAGGAGGAGCAGCAUCAUGAGCAGGAGCAGCAGCAGGAGGAUCAGGAGCAGCAGCAUGAGCAGGAGCAGCAGCAUGAGCAGGAGCAGCAGCAGGAGGAGCAGGAGCAGCAGCAUGAGCAGGAGCAGCAGCAUGAGCAGGAGCAGCAGCAGGAGGAGCAGGAGCAGCAGCAUGAGCAGGAGCAGCAGCAGCAUGAGGAGCAGCAGCAGCAGGAGGAGCAGGAGCAGCAGCAUGAGCAGGAGCAGCAGCAGCAGCAUGAGCAGAAGCAGCAGCAUGAGCAGGAGCAGCAGCAGGAGGAGCAGGAGCAGCAGCAUGAGCAGGAGCAGCAGCAGCAUGAGGAGCAGCAGGAGCAGGAGGAGCAGCAGCAGCAGGAGCAGCAUCAUGAGCCGGAGCAGCAGCAGGAGGAUCAGGAGCAGCAGCAUGAGCAGGAGCAGCAGCAGGAGGAUCAGGAGCAGCAGCAUGAGCAGGAGCAGCAGCAUGAGCAGGAGCAGCAGCAGGAGGAGCAGGAGCAGCAGCAUGAGCAGGAGCAGCAGCAGCAUGAGCAGGAGCAGCAGCAGCAUGAGGAGCAGCAGGAGCAGGAGGAGCAUGAGCAGCAGGAGGAGCAGGAGCAGCAGCAGGAGGAGCAGCAGCAGCAUGAGCAGCAGCAGGAGGAGCAGCAGCAUGAGCAGGAGCAGCAGCAGCAUGAUCAGCAGGAGCUGCAGCAGGAGGAGCAGGAGCAGCAUGAGCAGCAGCAGGAGGAGCAGCCGCAGCAGCAGGAGGAGCAGGAGCAGCAGCAGCAGGAGCAGCAGGAGGAGCAGCAGCAGGAGCAGCAGCAGCAUGAGGAGGAGCAGGAGCAGCAUGAGAAGCAGCAGCAUGAGCAGCAGCAGGAGGAGCAGCAGCAUGAGGAGAAGCAGCAGGAGCAGCAGCAGCAGCAUGAGGAGGAGCAGGAGCAGCAGCAUGUGCAGCAGGAGGAGCAGGAGAAGCAGCAGCAGCAUGAGGAGCAGCAGCAUGAGGAGCAGCAGCAGCAUGAGGAGGAGCAGGAGCAUCAGCAGCAUGAGGAGGAGCAGGAGCAGCAUGAGGAGCAGGAGCAGCAGCAGGAGGAGCAGGAGCAGCAUGAGGAGCAGCAUGAGCAGCAGCAGGAGCAGCAUGAGGAGCAGGAGGAGCAUGUGCAGCAGGAUGAGCAGCAGCAUGAGGAGCAGCAUGAACAGCAGCAGGAGGAGCAGGAGCAGCAGCAUGAUCAGCAGCCGCAGCAGCAGGAGGAGCAGCAGCAUGAGCAGCAGCAGGAGCAGCAUGAGCAGCAGCAGCAGGAGGAGGAGGAGCAGCAGCAGGAGGAGCAGGAGGAGCAGCAUGAGCAGCAGCAGCAUGAGCAGCAGCAUGAGGAGCAGCAGCAGGAGCUGCAUGAGGAGGAGCAGGAGGAGCAUGUGCAGCAGGAUGAGCAGCAGCAGCAUGAGGAGCAGCAUGAACAGCAGCAGGAGGAGCAGGAGCAGCAGAAGGAGGAGCAGCAGCAUGAGCAGCAGCAGCAGGAGGAUGAGGAGCAGCAAAAUGAUCAGCAGGAGGAGCAGCAGCAGCAGGAGCAGCAGAGGGAGGAGCAGCAGCAGGAGGAGCAGCAGCAUGAGCAGCAGCAGGAGCAGCAUGCGCAGCAGCAGGAGGAGCAGCUGCAGGAGGAGCAUGAGCAGCAGGAGCAGCAUGAGCAGCAGGAGGAGCAGCAUGAACAGCAGCAGCAUGAGCAGCAGCAUGAGGAGCAGCAGCAGGAGCUGCAUGAGGAGGAGCAGGAGGAGCAUGUGCAGCAGGAUGAGCAGCAGCAGCAUGAGGAGCGGCAUGAACAGCAGCAGGAGGAGCAGGAGCAGCAGAAGGAGGAGCAGCAGCAUGAGCAGCAGCAGCAGGAGGAUGAGGAGCAGCAAAAUGAUCAGCAGGAGGAGCAGCAGCAGCAGGAGCAGCAGAGGGAGGAGCAGCAGCAGGAGGAGCAGCAGCAUGAGCAGCAGCAGGAGCAGCAUGCGCAGCAGCAGGAGCAGCAGCAUGAGCAGCAUGCGCAGCAGCAGGAGGAGCAGCUGCAGGAGCAGGAGGAGCAGCAUCAGCAUGUGCAGCAGCAGCAUGUGCAGCAGCAGCAUGUGCAGCAGCAGCAUGUGCAGCAGCAGGAGGAGCAGCAGCAUGAGGAGCAGCAGCAUGAGGAGCAGGAGCAGCAGCAUGAGCAGCAGCAGCAUGAGGAGCAGCAGCGCAUGAGCAGCAGCAGGAGGAGCAGCAGCAGGAGGAGCAGCAGCUUGCAGCAGCAGCAUGAGGAGCAGCAGGAGGAGCAGCAGCAUGAGGAGCAGGAGCAGCAGCAGGAGGAGCAGCAGCAUGAACAGGAGCAGGAGCAGCAGGAGGAUCAGGAGCAGCAGCAUGAGCAGGAGCAGCAGCAUGAUCAGCAGGAGCUGCAGCAGGAGGAGCAGCAGCAGCAGGUGGAGCAGCCGCAGCAGCAGGAGGAGCAGCAGCAGCAGGAGCAGCAGCGCAUGAGCAGCAGCAGGAGCAGCAGCAUGAACAGGAGCAGCAGCAGGAGCAGCAGCAUGAGCAGGAGCAGCAGCAGCAUGAGCAGCAGCAGCAUGAGCAGCAGCAGGAGGAGAAGCCGCAGCAGGAGGAGCAGCAUGAGCAGCAGCAGGAGGAGCAGCAGCAGCAGGAGCAGCAGCAGCAGAAGGAGCAGCAUGAUCAGCAGGAGCUGCAGCAGCAUGAGCAGCAGCAGGAGGAGAAGCCGCAGCAGGAGGAGCAGCAUGAGCAGCAGCAGGAGGAGCAGCAUGAGCAGCAGCAGCAGGAGCAGCAGCAGCAGGAGGAGCAGCAGCAGAAGGAGCAGCAUGAUCAGCAGGAGCUGCAGCAGGAGGAGGAGCAGCAGCAGCAUGAUGAGCAGCAUGAGCAGCAGCAGGAGGAGGAGCAUGAGCAGCAGCAGGAUGAGGAGGAGCAGCAGCAGGAUGAGGAGGAGCAGCAGCAGGAGGAGCAGCAGCAGCAGAAUGAGUAGCAGCAGGAGCAGCAGCAUGAGCAGGAGGAGCAUGAGCAGCAGGAAAGUCAGCAUGAGCAGGAGGAGCAUGAGCAGCAGGAAAGUCAGCAGGAGCUGCAGCAUGAGGAGCAGGAGCAGCAGCAGGAGGAGCAGCAGCAUGAGCAGCAGCAACAUGAGGAGGAGCAGCAGCAGCAUGAGAAGUAGCAGGAGCAGCAGCAGGAGGAGCAGGAGCAGCAGAAGGAGGAGCAGCAGCAUGAGCAGGAGCAGCAGCAGGAGGAUCAGGAGCAGCAGCAUGAUCAGCAGGAGCUGCAGCAGGAGGAGCAGCAGCAUGAGCAGCAGCAGAAUAAGGAGCAGGAGCAGCAUGAGCAGAAGCAUGAGCAGAAGCAUGAGCAGCAGCAGCAUGAGUAGCAGCAGCAUGAGGAGCAGGAGCAGCAGCAGCAGCAUGAGGAGCAGCAGCAUGUGCAGAAGCAUGAGCAGCAGACGCAUGAGGUGCAGCAUGAGUAGCAGCAGCAGCAGGAGGAGCAGCAUGAGCAGCAGCAGGAGGAGCAGCAUGAGCAGCAGCAGCAGGAGGAGCAGGAGCAGCAUGAGCAGGAGCAGCAGCAUGAGGAGCAGCAGGAGCAGGAGGAGCAUGAGCAGCAGUAGCAUGAGCAGGAGUAGCAGGAGGAGGAGGAGCAGCAGCAGGAGGAGCAUGAGCAGCAGCAGGAGGAGCAGGAGCAGCAGCAUGAGCAGGAGCAGCAGGAGGAUCAGGAGCAGCAGCAUGAGCAGGAGCAGUAGCAUGAGGAGCAUGAGCAGCAGCAGGAGCAGCAGCAGCAUGAGCAGCAGCAGCAGGAGGAGCAGCAGCAUGAGGAGCAGGAGCAGCAUGAGCAGGAGCAGCAGCAUGAGGAGCAGGAGGAGCAUGAGCAGCAGUAGCAUGAGCAGGAGUAGCAGGAGGAGGAGGAGCAGCAGCAGGAGGAGCAUGAGCAGCAGCAGGAGGAGCAGGAGCAGCAGCAUGAGCAGGAGCAGCAGGAGGAUCAGGAGCAGAAGCAUGAUCAGCAGGAGCUGCAGCAGGAGGAGCAGCAGCAUGAGCAGCAGCAGAAUAAGGAGCAGGAGCAGCAUGAGCAGAAGCAUGAGCAGCAGCAGCAUGAGUAGCAGCAGCAUGAGGAGCAGGAGCAGCAGCAGCAUGAGGAGCAGCAGCAUGUGCAGAAGCAUGAGCAGCAGACGCAUGAGGUGCAGCAUGAGUAGCAGCAGGAGGAGCAGGAGCAGCAUGAGCAGCAGCAGGAGGAGCAGCAUGAGCAGCAGCAUGAGGAGCAGGAGCAGCAUGAGCAGGAGCAGCAGCAUGAGGAGCAGCAGGAGCAGAAUGAGCAGCAGCAGCAGGAGGAGCAGCAGCAGCAGGAGGAGCAGCAGCAGCAGGAGGAGCAGCAGCAGGAGGAGCAGCAUGAGCAGCAGCAGCAUGAGGAGCAGGAGCAGCAGCAUGAGGAGGAGCAGGAGGAGCAGGAGCAGCAGUAGCAUGAGCAGCAGCAUGAGCAGGAGCAGCAGGAGGAGCAGCAGCAGCAUGAGGAGCAGCAGCAGCAGGAGGAGCAGCAGCAGGAGGAGCAGCAUGAGCAGCAGCAGCAUGAGGAGCAGGAGCAGCAGCAUGAGGAGGAGCAGGAGCAGCAGUAGCAUGAGCAGCAGCAUGAGCAGGAGCAGCAGGAGGAGCAGCAGCAGCAUGAGGAGCAGCAGCAGCAUGAGCAGCAGCAGCAGCAUGUGCAGCAGCAGGAGGAGCAUGAGGAGCAGAAUGAGCAGCAGCAGGAGCAGAAUGAGCAGCAUGAGCAGAAGCAUGAGCAGCAGCAGCAUGAGUAGCAGCAGCAUGAGGAGCAGGAGCAGCAGCAGCAUGAGGAGCAGCAGCAUGUGCAGAAGCAUGAGCAGCAGACGCAUGAGGUGCAGCAUGAGUAGCAGCAGGAGGAGCAGGAGCAGCAUGAGCAGCAGCAGGAGGAGCAGCAUGAGCAGCAGCAUGAGGAGCAGGAGCAGCAUGAGCAGGAGCAGCAGCAUGAGGAGCAGCAGGAGCAGAAUGAGCAGCAGCAGCAGGAGGAGCAGCAGCAGCAGGAGGAGCAGCAGCAGCAGGAGGAGCAGCAGCAGGAGCAGCAUGAGCAGCAGCAGCAGCAUGAGGAGCAGGAGCAGCAGCAUGAGGAGGAGCAGGAGGAGCAGGAGCAGCAGUAGCAUGAGCAGCAGCAUGAGCAGGAGCAGCAGGAGGAGCAGCAGCAGCAUGAGGAGCAGCAGCAGGAGGAGCAGCAGCAGGAGGAGCAGCAUGAGCAGCAGCAGCAUGAGGAGCAGGAGCAGCAGCAUGAGGAGGAGGAGCAUGAGAAGCAGCAGCAGGAGGAGCAGCAGCAUGAGCAGCAGCAGCAGGAGGAGCAGCAGCAUGAGCAGCAGGAGGAGCAGCAGCAUGAGGAGCAGCAGCAGCAGGAGGAGCAGCAGCAUGAGCAGUAGCAGGAGGAGCAUGAGGAGCAGAAUGAGCAGCAGCAGGAGCAGAAUGAGCAGCAUGAGCAGCAGCAGCAGGAGGAGCAGCAUGAGCAGCAGCAGCAUGAGGAGCAUGAGCAGCAGCAUGAGGAGCAGGAGCAGGAGGAGCAGCAGCAGGAGGAGCAGCAGCAUGAGCAGCAGGAGGAGCAGCAGCAUGAGGAGCAGCAGCAGGAGGAGCAGCAGCAGCAGGAGGAGCAGCAGCAUGAGCAGUAGCAGGAGGAGCAUGAGGAGCAGCAUGAGCAGCAGCAGCAGGAGGAGCAGCAGCAUGAGCAGCAGCAGGAGCAGAAUGAGCAGCAGCAUGAGCAGCAGCAGGAGCAGAAUGAGCAGCAGCAGGAGCAGAAUGAGCAGCAGCAUGAGCAGGAGCAGCAGGAGAAGGAGCAGCAGCAUGAGCAGCAGGAGGAGCAGCAGUUGCAGGAGCAGCAGCAGGAGGAGCAGCAGGAGGAGCAGCAGCAUGAGGAGCAGGAGCAGCAGGAGGAGCAGCAGCAGCAGGAGGAGCAGCAGCAGGAGCAGUAGCAGGAGGAGCAUGAGGAGCAGCAGCAGGAGGAGGAGCAGUAGCAGGAGGAGCAGCAGCAGCAGCAUGAGCAGGAGGAGCAGCAGCAUGAGGAGCAGGAGCAGCAUCAGGAGGAGCAUGAGCAGCAGCAGCAUGAGCAGGAGGAGCAGCAGCAGGAGCAGAAUGAGCAGCAGCAGUAUGAGGAGCAGGAGCAGCAGCAGCAGGAGGAGCAGCAGCAGCAGGAGGAGCAUGAGGAGCAGCAGUUGCAGGAGCAGCAGGAGGAGCAGCAGCAGGAGGAGCAGCAGCAGGAGCAGCAUGAGCAGCAGGAAAGUCAGCAGGAGCUGCAGCAUGAGGAGCAGCAUGAGGAGGAGCAGCAGCAGCAUGAGGAGCAGCAGCAGCAUGAGGAGCAGCAUGAGCAGCAGGAGGAGGAGCAGAAGCAGCAGCAGGAGGAGCAGGAGCAGCAUGAGCAGCAGCAUGAGGAGCAGCAGCAGCAUGAGCAGGAGGAGCAUGAGCAGCAGCAGGAUGAGCAGCAGGAGGAGCAGCAGGAGGAGCAUGAGGAGCAGCAGUUGCAGGAUCUGCAGCAGGAGGAGGAGCAGCAGCAGCAGCAUGAGCAGCAGGAGGAGCAUGAGCAUGAGCAGCUGCAGCAGCAGCAGCAGCAGCAGCAUGAGCAGGAGGAGCAGCAGCAGGAGCAGCAGCAGUAUGAGGAGGAGCAGCUGCAGGAGGAGCCGCAGCAGCAUGUGCAGCAGGAGCAGCAGCAUGAGCAGCAGCAGCAGGAGAAGCAGGAGCCGCAGCAGGAGAAGCAGCAGCAGCAGCAGCAGCAGGAGCAGCAUGAGCAGGAGCAGCAGCAGUAGUAAUAGUAGUAGUAGUAGUAAAGUUGAAUUUGAUUAGGAUCAGCUCGAAAAUGAUUAAACAAAUGCAAAAAAAAUUAAGCCAUAGUUAAAUAAAACUUAAUACAAUAUGUUACCAAACACAUAGCCAAUUUACGCACCGGUGCUUUUCUUUGUUUGUUACAUAAGUAAUUAUUGUAAUAGCUACAAUUAUAUUUAUUAACAUGUGGUGCAAUUUAAGUCAGUUUGGAAACUGCAGGGUUCUUUAGACAAUAAAUUAUACGAAUUUAGAUUUAACAUAUUUGGUCGACUUGCUGGGAUCCUAAAAUCUUUUAGGGGUGGUCUGCUGUGGAUGUCACAGAACAGAAAGGCGUUCUGAGGUGUCGUGGAGAAUUUGGAAGUAGAAUGAAUGUGAUUAUUUCUUAUGGUGCCGAGCUACAAGGUGGAGCCUUCGGAUACCGAGGCCCAGGAAGAUCAUCCGGCCGCAAUUUCGGCCGCCAGUUCUUGGGCCUUGUCUGCGAAGAAACCAAAUCCAAAUGAAUUAGAUUUGCUUCACAGGCAGCCGUUAAACAGGCACAAAUGCCAACUAAAAAAGGAAAUUACCGGUAAAGAGAUUGGGUAUCGACAACUCACCAAAACAAGGCAUUGCUCCUUGAAAUCAGGAGGUGUCUGUCUGAGUAGAAAACAAAGCUCGGAGUGAAACCAGCGUGUUGGACGCUGAAGCACUCAUAAUUUAAAAAUUUAAAAAUUAACAAACAAAGAAAUUCUCUGCAAUAGAAACUAUGACUGAUUACAAGAUCUGGGAAAGCAUCCUUUAAUGAUCCCUUAAUUUAAGUAGCGAAGGUGCAUCUCGCUGAGUGCUGGCCUCUAAAGAAGGAAAUGAUGCAGUCAGUCCCUAGUAUGGCUCCGGUAGCUCUAUAUUAAAUCAGGUACUUCCUCUAGAAAGGAAGAGGAAAUAUUUUUUGUCUUCAGGGCCGAAAGGUUCCGAGGGAGAAGUAGAGAAAUAUAGGCUUUGAAAGCUCAACACUGCUGUUGGCACCCUGGCAGCGCGAUCUAAUGUGGAGUGGCCGAAACAGAUACGCGUGGGCAUUAGGUAGACUGACUAAAGUACUCACCUAUGGCAAGGUCUGUGAAACCAGCUGCCCUGGGCAGCUGCAGAUAGAAGCACUCAUCACGGCGACCAGGACAGUUUCAGGAGCCGGGAAGGAAAUGAAGCUGUAUGCUGUAUACUGCCCUGGGAACAAAUCGAGGAAACAGCAGAACUAUGAUUAAGUGGGAGGGUACAGUGAACGGGACAAGUUUAAAUUUUUGCCGAAAAAUAAUUUGUGGCACACUUAAAUAAAGGUAAAACAAGUGAGUAAUAUGCCUGUAACCAUUACAAAAAUGUAUAAAAUAAAGGAUAUUAAAAAUAUUGGCAGUCUAUUUUCUUAAAACAGUAUUUAUAAGUUUCAAAGUUAAUUUACAAAUUAAUCAUGUCCUUUAAAUGAUUUUUGCAGUUUUGCACUGUUAGCCAUGGAAAAAUUACUAACAAAUGGAACCAACAAUAAAACUAAACAAGUAUUUUAGUCAACACGAUAACAACAGCAUGGACAAAAAUGUUACACGUCUUCAUAUCGGACGGCAUGAGAAUUCUGUUGAAGGAACUUCCAUGCUGAAUGCUAACAAUGUCGAGACUGAUAAAAUGCAGGCAAAGCAGCAAACACACAAUGAUGAAGAUAAACAAGUACUGUGGACAGCACUGAUGAACCCAGAAGGUUAACAGUUGAAACAUUUCGGGAACUGACAUCUGGUCCCAACAUCAGGCACAAACAGACUGAUAUUGGACACAGACGCCGCCGUUUGCUCAUAUGCUCGGCCGAGAGCGUGUGACAGCGAUACCAGGAACUAUUAUGUUCCCAUAACUCGCUAUGUGGUUGCCAAUAUAAAUAUUGCGACCCCGUCACUUUGUUCGAAUCAUUGGAAAUGACGGCGGGGCGCGAAGUAUGCGAUUUUAAGAUUAAGGGUGGCUCACGGUCCAGAAAGUAGUAAAAUAGCUGUCGCAUGUUGCUUGGCUCUAUUUUUAAUAGUGUAUAUGUCAGGCGGGGGGAGGUCACCUUUUCCCCUUAGUUAGUUGGCUAACUGAUGCAUGAAAGUGUCGUGAUGUCUGUAUUUAGAGGCGUGUGGAGUUUGCGCAAAAAUGGCCUAAUUAAUCUCGUUGUGCGAGUGUAGUGUAAAGCUCCAAGGCCGCACAUACCCGGCUGACCAAGGAGGCAUAUCAUCGUGUAGAGUUAGUCCGGUGAAGGAGAGAGCGCAUAGUAUUAGUAACCACUGCGAUGAUACCUGUAUUUUUAUUAAAAAGUACCUGGGGAAAACAACUAGCAUGAACUAUAGCCCCGCCUGGGCUAAUGAAGGCCUGAAAGAUUGAAUUUAUAAUAAUUUAAAUUUAAUUCGUGAAAUGAUUAAUGUAAAGUUUCCCGUUAGUUGCUGCUUCGGGCCAUGCUCAGGAGAGGACAUAGCUUCAUGUCGCGGACACAGAAAAAUACGGGUUUAUAUAUGUAUGUUAGUACUCCUCUCCUUGCACAGCCAAUGGCAGGUGAGCGCUAUCCUGAUUGGUCCCACACAAAAAGGGUGAUGAUAUUGGCUGAUGUAUUGCUGUUAAGGUUGUUGGUUUGCAACUGAGCUUUGUACUAAAUGGGUUUCUUUUUUCAAUUAAUGGUAUCCAUAUAUUUUGUAAUUCAAUGCUCUGUUGACUGAUAUUGUUAUUGCUGACAAUAAAUGCUGUUUCCUUAAGUUUCCUUUUUAUUGAGUGUUCUUUUUGUAUGAGUGGUGCAGCAUUGUCCCAGAGUAUUCUAUGACUAUUAUCCCAGGCAUGUUCGGCAAGACUAGAUUUUUGAGUUUCACCCUCUUCAUUUUUGUGAUCCUUAAUGCGUGUUGAAAGGCCGCUCCUAUGUACAUACAACCACAUUUGCAGGGGAUCUCAUACACACAGUUCUGGCAUUGAAAACUGUUCUCAGCCUGUGUUUGUUUUCAAAAAAAACUUAAUUUUUUUUCUGCGAGACCACCAACACGGGAAAUAAUUAAGUGCCACGUUAUUUAUCUGUAGUGUUUUGUUGAGUGAUUUGGAAUUUGUUUGAUGUCAAGUGCUGCUUUGUCAGGUGGGUAACCAUUUGCUAGAAAUUCAUUCUUUAGCAAAUUGAAAGAAAGAACAGAAAUACCCAUUCCAUCACUCAUGGAACUUAUUACAUUUGACCGGAAUUUCUUUGAAAUAAAAAAUACAUUCUAUAAUUAAAUAUACGGCAUAAAAGCCACAAAAGCUGAUAAUCACGAGUUGACUAUAAAUUAAUCCAUGCAAAAUGUGUUCUGUU